AUGAGUCACGAAUGUGGGAAUUUGGCGCUUACAGCCGGCAUAGCGUUGGAAGCAGACUUCGUUUUCAUUCCGGAAAUUCCUCCUCCUGACGAUUGGCCUGAAGUAUUGUGUGGUCACCUCCACAGAAAACGAAAGGCCGGUAGCCGUCUAAAUCUCGUUGUUGUCGCCGAAGGGUCUGUCGAUGCGAAAGGGAAUCUAAUCAAAACAGAGCAGAUCAAAAAGGUUAUAGAAGACAAAUUGAAGUACGACGUGAGAGUCGCUUCAUUGGGUUACCUUCAAAGAGGAGGUUCUCCAAGCUUUCUCGAUAGACUUCUUGGUUGUCGAAUGGGACACGAAGCUGUGAACACCGUAUUAAGUUCUGAUCCUUCUUCACCAAAAAUGUUGUGCCUGAAA